AUGGCCCUCCGAAGACCCCAUCAUAAGUCUCGCCACGGCUGUAUGGAGUGUAAAAGGAGACGCGUAAAGUGUGACGAGGCUCGACCAAUUUGUUGCAAUUGCUCUAAGCGUCAGGCAGAAUGUGAAUAUGAUUCUAGUGGUUCAGUAUUAUGGGCAAACGAAGGCUCAAAAUCCCGCACAAAGUCAAAUCUAUCGACCUCUGAGGAGCCCCAGCCGCCAGAAUGUACGGCUUCCACUGCGAAUUCAUUUGGCGUCCUUGGAAGGCUAGGCGGAAAGGGUGAAGCUACUCCGGCCCUGACCUAUCUCAACCUCGGUGACUUAGAGCUAAUGAUGCAAUGGUGCAAUUCAACCCACACGUACCUGAGUCGCAAUGAGCGUACCGACAACAUUUGGCGCUAUCGCGCACCUGAAGAAGCGCUCUCGCAUCCUUUUCUCAUGCACGGGAUCCUAUCGCUUUCAGCCCUUCAUCUAGCGCGCAUGAAGGAUGAUCAUCGCAGCCCUGCGUAUCUCGAUACCGCUGUUGCUCACCAAAAUCAAGCACUAGCGAUUUUUCGUGAACUCCUGGGUGGCAUUAAUGAAUCGAAUGCAAAGGCAAUGUUUGCAUUUGCCGGCGUAGUAGUCAUGUAUGCGCUUGGGUUUCCUCAUCCGCCAGAGCCGAAGGACCCAUGGGCGUGCGUUGAUGAAUUGAUUCAAGUAUUUGUGUUGGCCCGGGGUACACAGCAAGUGCUGCAUAAAGCGGUACCAUCAAUUGUUGGUAGCGAGUGGGAGACAAUUCUAAAGUUGGAUGACUACAACAACUCCCUGCCAGAUUCUGCUAGACAGGUGAUCGAACGAUUGCAUGAGAUAAACAAUCAUUACGGAGCACAGGACCCUACCCAUAACACAGCGAUCUAUCACCAUACUAUUGAUAUCCUCGCUGAUAUGAUAGCCGCCAUCUACGGAGGUUGGAUCUCUGUCACUGUCGCCUGCAGGUGGGCAAUCAGACUAAAGCCAGAAUUCGUGGACAUGGUCAGAGACCGCAGUCCCUUGGCUCUGGUUAUCUUAACUCAUUAUUGUGCCGUCCUUUAUGACCUACGAGAAUGCUGGUACGUUGGUGAAUGGAGUAUCAGAGUGCCAAAAGCGAUUUGGCAGAUCUUGGAUGACAACUGGAAACUACUGGUUCGCGGGCCAAUGGAGGCCAUUUUUGGAGACAGUUUUUCCUUUGAAAAUGGUCAGAUUGAGCUUGGGUAG